UGGCAACCUGCUUAGUAACAGGAAACAUUAGCCACCAACUCUGCCCAGCAGCAAAGCAAUUCAAUAUUGCCAAGGUCAGUCCAGUUCAGUAAUUGAGCACAGCAGACUCUGAGAGAUCCCUGAAAGAAUGAGCGAAUGUACCUUGUCCUCUUGGCCAUACCACAGACGCUGCUGUACAGUGCCCAGGCAAGCUGAAUCUUUACACAGAAAUGUCAUAGUUAAUCCCAGUUCCAUCUGCAGCGGCUGUUUGUUAGCACAUCCUUUAUAUGGCAUUAGCCCACUUCUCACAACAAGGUGUUUGUGUCGCAGCUACUGUCCCUUUCUUCUUGAUGCAAAAUGUAGGACAGGACAGAAUUUGGAGAAGUCACUAGAUGUUGGUAGUCCGGUUCUGGCAAAAAAAGAAAGUGAUUGUUAUUAUUACCAAGGAACAAUCAUAAAAGAUUUAGAGGAAGGUGAAGAAAGAUCAUUUCUGGUACAAUUUGCAAUGGGGAAAGAUACACCUUAUUUGCAAAAAACAGCCAGCAGUGAUAUCCUUGAAUGUGUGAAUGGAAUGAGACAUUCUAUCCUGCCUGGUGAUAAAGUGAUGUCCCCCUGGGAACCAGAGCAGAAGAGGUAUGGCCCAGGAACUGUCCUCCAGGGCAUGGAGACCAGAGAACCUCUGCGAGAAAAAGAAGACGAGCAAAUUACAGUCAGCUUUUGGAAUGGCAAGAAAGCCAAAGUUCCAUUAGGCCUCGCUUUGUGGAUUUCUCCAGCACGGUGGGAGAGAAUUGUAGAGAGAAUCCAUAUGCCCUACACAAGCAGGAAGCAGUUUGAAGGGCAGCUUCACAGGCCUGGCUACUACAAUUAUUCACACGGAACUAUUCCAGUUUCUGCUUUGGGUGAUUUCCAAAGGUGCUGGUGCACACGUUGCUGUUUUAUCCGUCCUUGCUGUAAUGAUUUUCAUCACACAUGCUUAUUGCCUAGACACAGGCAAUGUGUCUCCUGUUGCUGCCGCUGUUACUAUGAUUACAGUGGCUGGUGGAUACGGCCCUCUUUAGCCAAAUUAACCUCCGGAGAUUUAAAAAAAGAAUUCACUAGUAAGUCUACACCACCAUUCUUAGCAAUAGAAGCCUCUCCUGAAGCAGAACAUUCUGCUGUGCUACCCAGCUCUUCCUCAUCUUCCUCAGAGUCUCAAUGUGAAAGGGAAAAAAGUAGGACCGAGAGCACAAUGGUAGAUCGUGCAGUGAACACAGAUUCUAGUCUUUUUGAAAACCCCACCCUACAGGAAACCAGAAGACCAGAGUGGAAGUACUGGAAGAGAAGCCAGCCCACCUUUGUUUAUAAAAGCCAAGGAGCCAACACUGUCAGUAGCAGCUGCAGAAAAGAAAGAGCUGACAAAAAAGCCAUUUCAUCCACAGAUGGAUUUCCACCAAUUCUGUACAACCACAGUGCUAUAUUUGAAACCAUUGAACAGUCUCAUCAAAGGCAUCUUUCGAUGAAGAAAAUCUUGAGUCAUGGAAUUACUAGCUCAUCAUGGGGAGGUUAAUUAUGUAUAGAAUUGCUACCCACUCUUUCAGGAAUUCAAGAUGGCACUAAACAGUAGCACUGUUUAUAUAAGAUUCUCUUAGCUAUUUCGUAAAUUCUUCUUGCCAUACUACUGAAAUCUUGAACCAGGGUAAAGUAAUUUUGAAGUAACUGGUUUUUUAAGUUUGAGACUAGUGAUGCCACAGAAAAAUAAAAGGGAAUCAAAUCAAUAUGCUAACAGCCAAAAAGCUUUGUACUAAACAUUAGAUGCUGAUGAGUGUAAUGGAUUUAGUCAUUUAUCUUUAGCCAGAAUGUACUGUUUGUUCUUAUCUACAGAGAAGCAAAAUAAAAUUAUUUUUCCCUACUCUACUUCAAAAGUGCCAGAAUUUUAGGUGAACAAAACACAGAGCAGAAUCAAAUGUUCGUAAGAAAGCAAUAUCAUUCUCAUAAUUUAUUAGGUACAAAGAAUCACAUAGCACAAAAGUAAAAAUACAUUCAUGAUUCAAAUUGCAGCAAAUGUUAAUCAAGUUCAAGCUAUAACAGUUAAAAAAUAAAGUAGAGAAGAAUACUCAACAAAAUAUAUUAGAUAUGAAAAGAUGACACUUCAGACAUUGAAAUUGAUUUUAAUUGUCAUUCUUAGGAGAUAAAUGAAAAACCAGAUUUACACUUUCUCCUGGAUGAACAUUAACUAGGUGUGCUUCUUUGAUUGUGUCAUCAUAUGAAGUUGUGUUGAUUAUGUAUGAGCCAGGUGACACUUCAAUGAGGAUCUCCUGCAAUGGACAAAAACAAAACAAAACAAAAAACCCUUCAAUUUUAAAACACAAAAACAAACUUCUGCAUCAGGAGGAUAUUGUUCUUAACAAACAAAUGAAUAAAGUUUAGUAGCAUUGUGUGAAAAAGAAUUUACUCUAUUGAUCAAUCUAUUUGAGCUGAAAUAUAUUAGUUAAAAUCUACUGGAGAAAGAUAGCAACAGUUCAUCAGAGUUUAAGGCAGCAAUUGUCCUGUCAAGCAGAUUAUUGAGUUUUCAAUCCCAAAUCUAUUACGUUAUAUUCCAAUCUGUUGUGUCACUAGGGUACCCAUAAAUAUUACAUCUUCAUUUCAAGAAAUCUUUCAAUCUGUAUACCGUAUAUACUCGAAUAUAAGCCGAUCCGAGUAUAAGCCGAGGUCCCCAAUUUUACCCCAAAAAACUGGGGUAAACUGGGGACUCGAGUAUAAGCCGAGGGAGGGAAAUGAGGCAGCUACCGGUCAGGGAAAGCCUCCCUCCCUCAGCCGAGAAGGCUGGCGGCUCCCCCGCCCCGCCCUCUCACUGCACCGGCAGGGCUUCCCCGCGCUAAUGCAAAAGCCCGCCAAGUUUGCACCAUCCGGUAUAAUGUGAAAAAAAGAAGAAGAAAAAAACUCGA